GCCACCAACCCAAUCUAAAUCCAUAGGACAAAAAGCUUGGUCGUUUAGAAAGAGGGAUGAAAAUGGCGACACUUCCACUCUCUUCCUCUUCCGUCAACUUUCUCUCCCCUCUCCUCUAUUCCUUCACCUCAUCACCACCACUGCCUUCAUCCAACCUCACUUUUUCUCUCUCUUCUUCCCGACGCUUCACCAAGCUUUCGGUUUCGUCGUCAGAAGUUUGCGACGCUCCUCAACAGCCGUUAAUCGUCGAUCAGUCUGCACUCCUCGUCGAAGAAGCCGUCUCCGAGGAUGCGCUUUGGGCUGCCGCUCGUCUCCGCAUUCGAACUUUUAACGAAUAUAAGGAGGAUUCUUUUGGCCUCGAGGAUCAUAAGAGGUACCUGGCUGAGCGAGAGUUCGAAGUAUUAAAAGAACGUGUUGCAGGCAAAAGGGAGGGUUUCAGAAAGGUUUCUUGCAUAAAUGCCACUCUUCCUUUGUCGCAUCUAUCGGCCUUGUCCGGAGAUCUUUGCACUUCGUGUAAGUACUCUGAUGAUGGAGGAUCUCGAAUUGUGGUUGGGACGCUUGAUCUUAAUCAAUGUCUGAGGUUACCUGAUGAGAUGACAGGGAUGAAGCCACAGGGUAUUGGUGCUGAUUUUUUGAGGGCUUAUUUGAGCAAUGUUUGUGUAGCCAAGGAAUUGCACAGGAAUGGAUUGGGUUAUGCACUCGUCUCAAAAGCAAAGUGUGUUGCUGAAGAAUGGGGCUUAACUGACUUAUAUGUUCAUGUUGCGGUUGACAAUGAAUCGGCAAAAAAGCUGUAUACGAAGAGUGGUUUCACCUAUGAAAGUGAUGAACCAGCAUGGAAGGCUAGAUUCGCAAACAGGCCAAGAAGAAUCAUUCUUUGGUUUGGUUUACCAAACUCUUACAACUUAUAAACAUCAAAGCCAGGUGUUUGCAAGAGAUCGGCCCAGUCCAAGGGUGCGUUUUACUUAUGCAAGGAGGAGGCCCAGGCAAGGGGUGGAUAAGAAGGAGUGAGCUGGAAGAUGUGAGCUGGAAGUUAGUUAUGGGAAGGGGGUAAAUCAGUAAUUUGAGAAAUAAGUUUGUUAGUCCUUGGGAGGGGGGAUGAAUCUGUUAUGUCAGCUAGGUAGUUAUUUUUGGGUAUUUAAGGGAAGCUUGUAGAGGGGGAAUGCAUUCAGAAUUUUGUAGUGGAAAUUAUUCCUUGGGAGAGCAUCCUUUCCUCUCGAAAGAAAGGAGUUGUAUUGGGGUUAUCUUGACUUGCGAUACAAUCUAUCUUGGCUGCUAUUUUUCUUCUCUAUUUCUCUUGCUUACUCUGUUUUUCUGAACUAAUUCCCAGCAGUGUUUUUAUAAUUUUAUUUUCUAGUAGAAUAUUCUAGAUUAUAGUAGGCUUAAACAUAGUAUUUUACAGCUUGAUUGAAACAUUGAAAUAAUUUGGGAAAUUCUCUGAGGUAAUCACCACAAUUUUAAUAUUUUUUCAGUGGUAAAGUCUAAAACUUUUGAUUAUCGAUGGUAAUCACAACUUUAUAUUAUUAAGCAAAUGAUAACUUAAAUUAAACAAUUUGUUAAUUUCUUAACUAUAGUUAGCUAUUAGACUGCGAAAAGACACAAUUACCCCUAAAAUGACCCCCCUUUCCUUUCCCCCUAAUUUUCUGCCUUUCUCUUUCCUCCUUCCAACACCAAUGGCGAAAGACUUGUACAAAUCCGUUAUCUUCGAAAAUCCUUCUCCCUUCCAGCAUCAAUGGCAGAUACAAAUCCCUUUCCCUUCCCUUUGAUUUUCUUCCUUUCUCUUUCUUCCUUCCAACAUCAAUCGAUUCCAAAACUUGACCUAGAAUCAAACCCCCAAAUUUGAAAAUAGAUUUAGAACGACGUACGUUCAGAAGCAAAAGUCAAUGACGGUGAUUAGGAGGACGACUUGGCGGCAAUGACGGGAGAAGGAGAGAAAGCGUGAAGAAGAGUGUUCAAAGCAAAAUAGGUGGAAACCGCCAUUGGAGACCUUCAAAGGGAGGUUGAAAUUGGGAGACCUAGGAGAGAGAAAAUUGGCGUGUGGUGGGUAGUCUCAACGGCGGCAAUUUAAGUGGGUGGUGUUGGUGGUAGUUGGGGCAGCAAGAUGGAGAGUGAGAAAUAAGGGGGAAAGAAAGAGGGAAAACAGGGGAAGGGGAUUUCGCCUGGGUGUGCUGGCUAUGGUGGUUGAAUGUGUUUAUCUCCGGCGGGGGAGGAGAUUGAGACACCAUCAGUCGGGGCCGACAAGGGGAGGGGGGCUGCUGGUUGGCUGGGGUGGGGUUUGGAGUUUUUUUUUUAUAAUUAUUUGAAGGGUACUAAUGUAAAUUCAUUGUCAUUUAUCCAAAAUUAACCCUAGUUAAUCAUUUUACUUUGUUUUAUUAUUAUUAAUGUUACCAUUUGCUUCGUAAUAUUAAUUCGUGACUACCACUGAUAAUAAAAAAUUUUAGACUUUACCAUUGAGAAAAAAAAUAAAGUUUAUGAUUACGAGAGAGAAUUUCCCAAUUAUUUCUUUUGAUAAACUUUUGCUAUCAUAGGUUUAGGGAGUUAAACCACUCACAAAACUGCAACUUUAGUGCAUCUUUUUUUCUGCGACUAACUAAAAAUUGAGUAUUAUCAUUGUUAUUUUCGUUAGGUCUACUAAGAUCCACAUCAACUUAGAUCGCUGGAACCCGACAAUUAUUGUCAAAAUCAAUGAUUUUUAUUUUUCAUUAUACACACACACACACACACACACAAACAACCUCCGGAUCGUAUUAUAUGCAACUUUGGAAUUUGUGGGGUAUUAUUUGUGAGAUAUAAAAAAUUUCACGAGAGAAGCUAGGGCAGUAAGGAUAGAAUUGACAAGGAAAGCUUUCUUUUUUGGGAGAAAGAUGGUUCAAGUUCAUGAUCAUGGUAGAGAUUUUAUCUAAGAGAAACUGGAAGUGAGGGCCUUUCUUCUCUCCAAAGUCCACUGAAGAGCCGAAAUACUGUUUAUGUUUAACCUAGGUGUAUAAUAUCUGGAAUUUAUGACUCUAGGAUACUAAAUCCAGCUAUUAGAAAAGACUUCAUCUUUUAUUGGAGAUAAUGAAAUUAUUUGGGCUGAAUUUCAAAAACGAGUUCAAACUGUCAACUUGCUUUGAGAUAAAAUUACCUAAAUAUAAAUGUAUUUAACCACCAGCUUCAAUUCGGAUUUCACUGUACUAAAUUCCCAAUUUUUUCAUUUUAUUAUGUAUAGCUCUAAUCCUG